AUGAGCAGGAGAGUAGGUUUGAGUGCCAACUCGUCCCAGUUCACCUUGGAGGGAGAAACAUUCCGUAUUCUGGGGGGAUCCGUCCACUACUUCCGGGUCCCUAGAGCCUACUGGAGGGACCGCCUGAUGAAAAUGAAGGCUUGUGGCAUCAACACCCUCACUACAUAUGUACCAUGGAGCUUACAUCAGCCAGAGAGAGGGGUUUUCCACUUUCAAACAGAGUUGGAUUUAGAAGCCUACAUUAACUUGGCUGCUGAGGUAGGACUCUGGGUGAUCCUGCGUCCAGGGCCGUACAUUUGCUCUGAGCUCGACCUAGGAGGGCUGCCGAGUUGGCUUCUUCGUGACGGGAGUAUGAGGUUGAGGACUACUCACCCAGGAUUUGCUGAGGCAGUCAAUACGUUCUUUGACAAGCUCAUUCCAAAAGUGGUUCCUCUACAGUUCAAGAAAGGAGGGCCCAUCAUUGCUGUACAGUUGGAAAAUGAAUAUGGAUCAUUUGCAAUGGAUAACACUUACAUGCCUUUCAUCAAGGAGGCUCUACAGUCCAGAGGAAUCAAUGAGCUCUUACUGACGUCAGAUAACCAUGAGGGAUUAAAGGAAGGGGGUGUGACGGGAGUAAUCAGAACAGUGAAUCUACAGAAACUAAAUCAGGGGGACAUCAAGUAUUUGAAUGCUAUUCAGCCCAAUAGCCCCAUGAUGGUGAUGGAGUACUGGACAGGCUGGUUUGAUGCAUGGGGAGACCUCCACCAUGUCCUCGCUCAAGAGGAUAUGGUUUCUGCUGUACGGGAGAUUCUGAGACGCGGCAUGUCCAUCAACCUGUACAUGUUCCACGGAGGGACUAACUUUGGCUUCAUGAGUGGAGCACUGACAAACCCAAUCUACAAGGCACUAAUCACAAGCUAUGAUUAUGAUGCACCUCUGUCCGAAUCGGGAGAAUACACGCCGAAGUAUCACCUUCUCAGGGAUCUAUUCAGUCAGUACCACAGUGAGAAGCUCCCUGAUAUGCCAGCCCUGCGUUGGAAGGAGACGUAUGAGCCAGCCAUCAUGUACCAGCACCUCUCUCUGUGGGACGCCUUGACCUUCGCUGAGGAGCCAUUUAAAUCACCAACCCCAGUCAACAUGGAGAAUCUCCCAGUGAACAGUGGGAAUGGCCAGUCCUAUGGCUAUACCCUCUAUGAGACCAUUAUAACCAGCGGAGGCUCCCUCAAGUCCGGAGACAAUGUACGGGACAGAGCCCUGGAGAAACGGACAUUGAGCUUACUGGUUGAGAACUGUGGACGAGUUCACUAUGGGAAAGCUCUAGAUAAACAGCGCAAAGGUCUCAUAGGUGACAUUCUAUUGAACAACACUCCUUUGAGGGACUUCACAAUAUACAGUCUGGAUAUGAAAACCAGCUUUAUUGAUAGUUUCCCUGGAUUCUUCCUGGGAAGAAUGUUUACCUACGGUUAUCCAAGUGACACCUUCGUCAAGCUACCAGGCUGGGGAAAAGGGGUAGUCUUCAUCAAUGGUUUGAACCUGGGGCGCCACUGGUAUAUCGGGCCCCAGCAAACACUCUACCUCCCAGGACCUUUUCUCAACAGUGGAGUAAACCAGGUCAUUGUGUUUGAAGAGCAGGAAGCUGAUUAUAAAAUCACGUUUGAAGAGACUCCUGAUCUGGGCAUGGCUGUGGACAUUCAGUAA